AUGGAGGAAGUCCUCUGCCAUUUCACAGGGAGGAGAGUUUCUUUCCCAAUUGAAUACCUAGGACUGCCGCUAACACUCGGAAGAAUGAGGACAGUGCACUUGCAAUACAUACAGGACAGAGCAAAAGGAAAACUAGAAGGGUGGCAAGGAGGGCUUGUCAGCGUGGAAGGACGAAGUUCAGACGUGGAAGACAAAGACGCCACCGAGAUGCAAAUUCUUCAUAUGGCUCAUGUUGCAGGACAGAAUCUGGACUGCAGCGCGCUUGCAACGCCGAGGAUGGCAAAUGAGUUUUUUUGCCAGCUAUGUAUCAGAAACCUUGAGACUACUCGGCACCUGUUCUGCGAGUGUCAUUUAACAAGGAAAGUCUGGGAAGAGGUGGCGAACUGGAUUCAGGUAGCGUCCUUGAUACCAGCAAACUGGAACAACAGUUCCACUAUCGGCGACUGGUUCACUGAUAUGGUAGCUGCUGCUGAUCCAUCAAUAUUGAGACCGGGGUUGCAGUCGAUGGUCACUCUAACGAUAUGGGAAAUCUGGCGCGAGAGGAACAACCUCGUCUUCAGGAAGGAAACUAGGACUGUCUGGCAAAUUAUGUACAGCAUUCAAGAUGAAGCGCGGACUUGGAGAUUCGCUGGGAAUAGGGAUUUAGACAUGCUGCUGCCGGCUUCGGCCGCGGCCUAG